AUGCCUGCGGACUAUGAGUCCACGGCGCGGGCAUUGGCUCUGUCGGACUCGCCGCCAGAGCCACUUCCAGAACCCCCUGAUAGCGAUGGACAGGCACAGGCGGCCUGGUCCGGCAGACGCGAUUCCGCUGCCCGCUGGGCCAACAGCGGCGAAGCGGCCAGCUUUCGCGAGCGCACCAUGAACCGUGUGAAGGAAUACUAUGGUAAUAUGAAGGAUCGCUGGGAAUCGAUGACUCUCUGGCAAAAAAUUGGUUUCUACGCCGCGUCGUUUGGCGUUGGUGCGCUGGGCAUUGGCUUCAUGAUCUUGACCGGCAAGCUCUUCGUCUGGCUUGGCCCGGUCGCGAACAAAUGGGAGCAUUCCUUCCUGGUAGCGUUUGUGCUCUGGCUUUGUGUAUUCUUCGUCUCAUUCCCGCCAUUGUUGGGCUGGUCGACCUUUGGCACCGUGGCGGGGUUUAUUUUUGGCUUGUGGAAAGGAUGGAUUCUGUACUCCACGGCGACCAUUCUAGGCUCUACCGCCUCAUUCUAUGUAUCCCGCACCGUGCUUUCGGGCUUUGUGAACCGGUUGAUGGAACGCGACAAGCGGUUCGCGGCCCUGUCGCUCACCUUAAAAUAUGACGGGCUGAAGCUACUCUGCAUGAUUCGGCUGUGUCCCCUGCCUUAUUCCAUUUGCAAUGGCGCGAUUUCGACAUUUCCCACCGUUCAACCCUUGAUGUACGGUCUGGCCACGGCGAUUAUUACUCCGAAGCUGCUGGUGCCUGCGUUUGUCGGGAGUCGCCUGCGGCUGCUAUCCGAGAAAGGCGAGGAAAUGAGUGGGGGCUCUAAGGCCGUCAACAUCAUCAGUAUUAUCGUCACGGUGGCUGUUGGCAUCUUCACCGGAUACUAUAUCUACAACAGGACACUCGCCCGUGCGAAAGAGCUCGAGGAGAAAGAGCGCGCCGAAAUCCGGCAGUCGCUCCAAUCCGAUCACGCAGCCCAUCGUCCGCAUCGCAGAUUCUCUGACGACGACGAUACCAACGAGGCUGCGAACAUGCUUGCUCGGGACGAGGAGGAGCGCAUCGGCUUCGAGCUGGACGACGACCUUGACCUCGCACUCGAGGAAGACAGUGAAAGCGAUCAGUCGAAACCGUGGAAGAAGACCAACCGACGGUCAUACCAUGAUGAGUUUACGGAUAAUGACUCGGAUGAAUAUCCAGGCGUAGCCAAUGAGGCGUAUGGGCUGCACAACCACGUCGAGCGGAACGCCUAA